CUUUAUAGCUCGGAAAUAAUGCCGUCUGAUUUUAACGGAUUUAAUCCAAUGUUUCCUGCUAGAACUUGGAGGUUAAAAAUGAGAUCGGCAUUUUCUCAGUUCGGCGAUAUAUUUAGCGAAUUCGGAAAAAACAUUGCCCCUACUUAUUACCAUGAUCGUUGUGAAAGGUCUGUCCAGAUGAGAUUAUAUACUAUGCACAAACGUGAGUUUGUUCUGGUUUUUUCUGCAUUUUUUGCAAGCUUUGGCUUGUUUUUAUUUAUUGGACUAGCUGGACCUCCAAUUACACAUACUGUUACUAUAAAUGCUACUAACCUUACACCGAAGCUUAACAACUCUCAAAUGGCUACAGGUCCUUUCAUUUUGCGCUCUCAUGCGUUGUCUACAUUUAGUCAGCAACUGUGGGUUAUAGCAAGGAUUGUGCUUAAGCGAGGAGAUGAUGAGAAAUUCAACAAACCCUUUCAUGUAGCUGUUACAAUUCAGGGUGUGUCAGAUGAAAAUAAAAUUAUUGUUGUGCUAGGAGAUCAACAUAGCCAUAAUCGAACUCGAGAACUCCAUUGUUUUGGAAGUAUUUGUGAAGAGUUUACAAUUCUACAUUUAGGAUUCAUUGAUUACACGCGUUAUAUUCUAACUAUAAAUUUUUAUGGUCUUGAGAGAGUUGAAGAAAAUUAUCAUAUAAAAGAUGUCAUAUUUUAUUUCAAAACUUAUAAUCCUUCGUUUACAAAGAUUGAAAUAUGGUUUCGAUGCAUUUUUAUUUUCCUAAUAUUCGGAACAACAUGCUGGUUUGCCUUCUCUUUGAGAUUUUUCUACUUUUAUGACUGGUCUAUAGAACAAAAGUGGAUAUUUCUGCUUUUACCUCUACUGCUACUAUAUAAUGAUCCAUGUUUUCCUUUGUCUUUUCUGGUUAACAGCUGGGUACCUGGAAUGUUAGAUGCAGUAUUUCAAGCGACUUUUUUGUGUGCUUUGCUUCUAUUUUGGCUCUGUAUAUAUCAUGGCAUACGCCAGAAUGAACGCAGUUUCUCAAAAUUUUAUUUGCCUAAAUGUAUUAUAAUAGGAAUGCUGUGGCUUUCAGCAUUUACAUUAGCAUCCUGGCAGAAGUUCAAUGAAUUACGGGAUCCUACUUAUAACUACAAAGUGGAUACUGGCCACUUCAUGGGAUUUAAAGGCUUUUUCUUUACGGUUGGAUCAAUAUACUUAGUAUAUUUAUUUUAUCUGAUAAUAAGAGCUUAUACAGAGCUUCGUUCCAUGCCCUAUUUUGAUGUGAGACUGAAAUUUCUGACUGCAUUAAUGAUAAUUGUUUUAUCUAUAAGCAUCGCUAUAACAGUCUUGAGGUUUGGUGUAUCGGUUCUUCAAGAUAACUUUGUUGCUGAAUUAUCAACAAAUUAUGGAAGCUCUGCAGAAUUUAUGUCUUUCUACAGUCUUUUGAAUUUUUAUCUAGUUACAAUGGCCUAUGUCUAUGCACCACCAAAGAGAGCCUUUUUUGAAACGCGUGUAAAAGAUAAUCCAACCUUAUCAAUGAUUAAUGAUUCAGAUGAAGAAGUGAUAUAUGCGUCUGACUCUGAAAAUCGGCCUUUGAAUCCAGUCAGGAAAAGCCCAGAUAAAGAAGAAAGUGAUUAGAAUGUGAUUUUUUAACUAUGUCUUAUUUCAUCUAUAUUAUUUAUGUUCACUACCUAUAUUUAAUUAGAUCAUCUCACUUGUAUUAUUUUCA